GGCAGGCAGUGUUUUCCGUCCUCUCUCUGUCCUGCCUGCUUAGCGUUCUCUCACUGCUUUUCUUCACUGUUCUUGCACGAAAGAGAUCUAGGGUGACAGGAAAGUGAUGAUUCAUCUGACAUCAGAUUGAGUUCUUUUUAUUUGCCCUUUUGUUGGCCUCAGUCUCUGAUAUUGGGAACAUCCGUGUUAUGUUUGUGAAUGUUUUUAUUUCACGGAAGACACACAUGGAUUGCAGUGGGACUCUGAUGAUUUAAAGGUCUGAUGCAUGUGGCUGUCUGGUAGCUCUUUGUUUUCCACAAUCCUUUGACCAGAAAAAGAAAUCAAAGUGUGUUUUAAUCAUGUUGACCAGCGAGGGCCAGGGAUUCCUUCACUUUGGUUUGUGUCUCUGGUUGUGUAUGUUCAUACCUUUCUUUAAAGGCUCUGCAGGCUGUGCAUCUGAAGAGAGGCUCUUUCACAAACUGUUUUCUCAUUAUAACCAGUUCAUCAGGCCUGUGGAAAACGUUUCUGAACCGGUCACGGUGCAUUUUGAAGUGGCCAUCACACAGCUGGCCAAUGUGGAUGAAGUAAACCAGAUCAUGGAAACCAAUCUGUGGCUACGUCACAUAUGGAAUGAUUAUAAAUUGCGCUGGGACCCAAUGGAAUAUGAUGGCAUUGAGACUCUUCGUGUUCCUGCAGAUAAGAUAUGGAAGCCUGACAUCGUUCUCUACAACAAUGCUGUUGGUGACUUCCAGGUUGAAGGCAAGACAAAAGCUCUUCUUAAAUAUGAUGGCAUGAUAACCUGGACUCCACCAGCUAUUUUCAAGAGUUCCUGUCCUAUGGAUAUCACUUUUUUCCCUUUUGAUCAUCAAAACUGUUCCCUUAAAUUUGGUUCCUGGACAUAUGACAAAGCUGAAAUUGAUCUUCUAAUCAUUGGAUCUAAAGUGGAUAUGAAUGAUUUUUGGGAAAACAGCGAAUGGGAAAUUGUUGAUGCCUCUGGCUACAAGCAUGACAUAAAAUACAAUUGUUGUGAGGAGAUAUACACAGAUAUAACCUAUUCUUUUUACAUUAGAAGAUUGCCAAUGUUUUAUACCAUUAAUCUGAUCAUCCCUUGUCUCUUUAUUUCAUUUCUAACUGUGCUUGUCUUUUACCUCCCUUCUGACUGUGGUGAAAAGGUGACACUUUGUAUUUCAGUUUUGCUUUCUCUGACUGUGUUUUUGCUAGUAAUCACGGAAACCAUCCCAUCCACGUCUCUUGUGAUCCCACUGGUGGGUGAGUACCUACUGUUCACCAUGAUCUUUGUCACCCUGUCCAUUGCGGUGACUGUGUUUGUGUUGAACAUACAUUAUCGCACCCCAACGACACACACCAUGCCCAAGUGGGUGAAGACAGUUUUCCUCCAGCUGUUACCCCAGAUCUUGAUGAUGAAGAGGCCUCUGGACAAGAUGAAGGAGACAAGUUCAGAUAAAAAUUCCAAAGGCAUUUCUGGUAGGCCCACCAAAGUCAAUUUUGAUAAUUGCAGAGAGACCAAACUUCCUAAAGAAUGCUGCCACUGUCAUAAAUCAAGUGAGCUUGCCACCAGCAAGAGAAGAUUAAGUCAUCAGCCUUUACAAUGGAUGACUGAAAAUUCAGAGCACUUGCCUGAUGUUGAAGAUGUAAUUAACAGUGUACAAUUCAUAGCAGAAAACAUGAAGAACCAAAAUGAAACAAAGAAGGUAGAAGACGACUGGAAAUACGUAGCCAUGGUGGUGGACAGAGUAUUUCUUUGGGUGUUUAUAACUGUCUGUGUGUUUGGAACUGCAGGGCUAUUUCUACAGCCACUAUUGGGGAACACUGGAAAGUCUUAGGAUGUAUUUUCCUUUUAUCUUUUGAAACUUACAGAUGCUGUAUUUGUUCUAUGUUCCCUUCCAUGAGGAAAGGGACAUAAAGCUUUCCACCUAAGUCCCCCAUCUACUGAAGCUGAUGGUUAGAUGGAAAAAGAGGACUAUAUUGCAAAUUUGGAGGCUGAAUGCCCUCCUUUGUAGCACAGAGCACAUUUAAGAUGUUUGAUAACACUGGAGCCCAGAGUUGGUGGCACCCACAGGCUUCUCUUCUCUGUACAUGUUUGACUUCCAGGGACAUAACCCAUAAUACAACAAGCCAUGUAAUCAACAUCAAAGCCAUGCUAAAAAGGCAUUCUCUUGUACCUCCAGUUUAUGCUACUUGUCAGUAUAUUGACACAUGCCAGACACAAAACUCUGGAGCUUGUACCUUGCUGGCAUCUGCAAUGCUUGGGAACUGUUAUGUGCUUGCUUUCUAAUACGUGCCUCUGGGAUGUACUCACACACUUCAACACUUUUUGAUAUAUUAAUUGGCAAAAAGUAAUAGCAGGUAGUCAGAGUCGAUCUCAGCAGGCUGCAUCAAGUUAGCAUUCAUCUGGCAAGCAGCUUGAGUGGUAACCCAGCACUGUGCUAGGCAUUGCAAGCACAACAGAAAUGGGUUCUGUCCCCAAGUGCUUGCAGCUUUUUAGGAAAAGUCAUAAACACAAAGAUCUCCAAGACCAGGUAUCAUGGGAAUGUAACAAAAGCAGCCAAAAUAAGGAAAGCAUGAUGUGGUAUGGCCAUGCAAACAUGAAGCAGGCUUUGCGGCAGGUCAGAGAGGUGUCUGUUCUUGCCAGCAGUUUCCAUAUGUUCAUUGUAGCUGAGACUGCAAAUAAAGUUAUUUCUUCUGCAAGAAAUUGUGAUUUUGUACCUUUUUGGAGCAAUACCUUUUCUGAGAAGGAGCACCUUGGGAAUUCUGUUUUAUUCCACUCUAAUUUAUCUUCAUGUUUGUUGUAUAAAUAUUAUUGUAAUUUUAAAGAUGUAUUUCAAAGCAGAAAAAAAUAAAUCUACCCUAACAAAGAAACUAAUUUCAUUUCUGCCUUUUCUUGUCUCAUCCUCUUCU